CGGAGCUCAAAUCGGCCCGAUUAUCCUGCAGUGUGAGCCAGACUUCAGAGAAUGAUGGUUUGAAGUUGAUGUUAAAGUGGCUGAAAUCCAAACGUUUGCAUGAACAUCGGUUCACUUGACUGCUUGUAUCAGAGAGGACUGACUCGUAGUGAAGAGCCCACAGAGUUAUCACCCAGCUCUGCAUUAACCUCCGACUCUAUACAGAGAGUUAACUCAGCUAAUGUUUCUGGACUUUUUGUGGGCUCAGUCUCACCACACUCUUUGCUUUUUAGUCGUAAAUGUCAAUGGUUUACAGCAUAAAGACUCACAGAAGCAAACAGUAAACGGAUAAAGCUAUUAACAAGCUGUUGCGCUUAGUGUGGCAUUGAGCAGCUAAAGAGCCAAAGAUUCCCUCAGGAGGGAGUGGACACAGAAAAUCGGAGUUUAAAGGAAAGUGAAUAUUGACUUAAACGCACAGUUUGUAAUUUCCACCACCAGACGUCGAAGCUGGCGGGGAAUCAUGGGAGUGCUACAUCACCCUCACUACAGAUGAAAAACAAACUCGAAUUGACCGAACGAGCGAUAAUUUACAUAACGUUUUUAUCACAGCAGCACAUACAUCUCAGUAUAUUCUGAUCUGUGUUUUUAAAUGGACUACCGCUGCUCUCUCGUGGCAGCUUUGGGUUAAGAUUUGACUGAAGAUCUGUUAAGUUUUUUUUAAAGCUUUUGUGCCACCUUUCAUUAAAAUAAUGAGACUUGUUUUGUUUUAAAACACACCGUAUUGAAACAGUAUCAUAGUAUCAGAUAUUCUGACAACCUUGCAAGCGAACGGUUUGCUAACAAGUGAUCCCAGCUUGUUUUUGCUGCCCCCUAGUGGCUGAAAGAGAAGAAUCUCUCUUUGCAUGUUGACUAACUUCUAAAGCCUGAACUUAACUUCACUAACAGUGAUGCUCCAGGACUUUAUGUCUUGAUAUUUUUAGCCUCCUGAUAAUUCAACUGACAGAUUGUCACCGUUGUUCUAAAUAUAGAGAGUUGCUGAGUCGCACUCUUAAAGACACAUCUCGUAUCCGGAACGGUCAAAAUGAUACUGUCAGGUUAUUUCAUGCACACACUCACACACACACACACACACACACACACACGACGCAGUACACAACACACAGAGAUCAUAUAAGACAUGGGCUGAGCCUCGUGUGAACCUUUGGGAAGUGUGUGCACGCAGUCAAACAUGGUGUAAUGACACCCACCACAUCACACCGGCUCUGGACCGCAUACAGACGCCCACUCUCACAAGCUGUGCUGAUACACUCACAGUUUAAUACACACAGGGAACGCUGCUCUUUUUUCCUGGUGGAUUUCUAGAAAAACUACUGCAUGUUUUUGGGGGGAGAGGAGCUCUUGGGGACCGAAGGGGCCAGGUACAUGAAGAUGGAUGACAUGAAAGACCAUGAUGACGAUUUCCUCUCCCCCAAGAAAUCACUGGAGUACGAGAGAGGGCUGGGCACAGCGAAUUACUCGCCAGCCAUUCCAAGGAUCCCCCGAGUUUCUCCCGAGACCGUCAUCCUGAAGGAACACGAGAUGGAUCAGCAACACACUCCUCUUCCACUGCCCAAAGAGUAUGACGAUGACUCGCUGAUUCCCAGCAGCCCUGCGACUGAGACCUCAGACAACGUCAGCCCAGUCGCCAGUCCCAUACACACGGGGUUCCUGGUCAGUUUCAUGGUAGAUGCUCGUGGCGGCUCAAUGCGAGGCAGCAGGCAUAACGGUCUGCGUGUCAUCAUACCUCCACGGACCUGUGCGGCACCCACCCGCAUCACCUGCCGCCUGGUGAAGCCGCAGAAGCUGACCAGCCCCCCUCCGCUAGUGGAGGGAGAGGGGCUGGCCAGCAGGAUCAUCUCCCUGGGUCCAGCAGGAAUGCAGUUUCUGGGGCCGGUUAUCGUGGAGAUCCCUCACUUUGCCGCUCUCGGUCGAGGUGACCGGGAGCUUGUGGUGCUGAGGAGCGAGAACGGCUCAGUCUGGAAAGAACAUCGCAAUCGCUACGGCGACGAGGUGCUAGAAACAAUCCUCAACGGGAUGGAUGAGGAGUUGGAAAGUCAAGAGGAGCUCGGGAAGAAGAGAAUCCGUCGCAUCAUCUCCACCGACUUCCCCCUUUACUUUGCCGUCGUGUCACGAGUCCAGCAGGAGAGCGACCUGAUUGGACCAGAGGGCGGCUCGCUGACAAGUAAACUGGUGCCGUUGGUCCAGGCCACGUUUCCCGAGACGGCAGUCACCAAACGAGUCCGCCUGGGGCUGCAGGCUCAGCCAGUUCCAGAUGAGCUGGUUGCUAAGCUGCUGGGUAACCAGGCUAACUUUAGCCCCGUGGUCACCGUGGAGCCUCGACGGCGCAAGUUCCACCGGCCCAUCGGGCUGCGUAUACCUCUCCCCCCGUCCUGGAAGGAGAGUCCCCGAGACUCUGGAGAGGGCGACACCACCAGUCUGCGCCUGCUCUGCUCUGUCAUAGGAGGCACUGCUCCGGCCCAAUGGGAAGACAUCACCGGCACCACCAAGCUCGCCUAUGCCAACGACUGUGCCAGCUUCACAACCAAUGUCUCGGCACGGUUCUGGCUCGCAGACUGUCCUCGGACAGCCGAGGCCGUCUCCUUUGCCAACCUGCUCUACAGGGAGCUGUCGGCCGUUCCCUACAUGGCCAAGUUUGUGGUGUUUGCGAAGAUGAAUGAGGUGCGUGAGGGCCGCCUGCGCUGCUACUGCAUGACCGACGAUAAGAUGGAUAAGACCCUGGAACAACAUGAGAACUUCACCGAGGUGGCUCGCAGCAGAGACAUAGAGGUGAUGGAGGGAAUGCCGCUUCACCUGGAGUGUUCAGGGAAUCUAGUGCCGGUCAGAAAGGCUACCCAGCAGCCUCGCUGCUUCAGCUUCCAGGCCUUCAGAGAUAACCGACUCCCUGUCUCUGUUAAGGUAAGAGACAGCAGUAAAGAGCACACUGGAUUUCUGUCUUUCCUGCGCAAGUCCACAAAGUACGAGGACAGCCAACAUGUGCUCUGCAACCUCAACAUCACCAUGCCUCCAUGUAUCAAGGUCAUCGGGAGUGAAGACCGGAGAAGAACUCUGACUCCGCUGGCUUUAAGAGAAAGAUACAGCGCCCUAAAUGAACCUGCCAUGGCCUCGAUGAGUGCCAUGGAGAGGACGGAGCUGAAGAUGGCUGUGAUUGCAGAGCAGUUGGGACUGAGCUGGGCCGAGUUAGCCCGAGAGCUGCAGCUCAGCGUGGACGACAUCAAUAAGAUCCGAGUGGAGAAUCCCAACUCGCUGCUGGAGCAGAGCUCUGCGCUGCUCAACCUGUGGGCCACCCGCGAGGGCAAGAGGGCCAAGAUGGAAAGCUUGUACGCAGCUCUGAAGAGCAUCGACCGUAUGGACAUCGUCAACAUGUUGGAGGGCCAGCCGCCUCAGCCCGCGAGACAAGGGUCCCGCGACCUCAGCAGACGCCGACACAACGAGAGAGAACACCUCUCCCCUGGUAUGACCAAUGAGCCCUCCCCCAAAGUGAAGGCAAAUGACGGGUUCAAGAAGUUCAAGACUCCUAGGAGUCCUAAAGGCACAGUGGGCGAGUGA